GAAAUAGUAAAUCACUACAUGUGUUUGAAAAAAAAAUAAAUGAAUUUUUGUUUUUCCAUUUUUUGUAAUUGUUGAAAAUGAGUUUCAUUUUACAAUUUCAUCGGCAAAUUCGCCGUUACAUUUAUAAUCCAGUUUAUAAAGGACCAUUUGAAUAUAAGAAAAAAGAUACAAAAAUGUAUAAUUAUCCAUUCGGUAUCAAUAAAGGUCGAUUAGAGGAAAAAUUUGCUGAAAUCAAUGAAAUUCGUGCUAAACCAUUAAAUGAUGAAGAUAUUUCACCAUUUCAUUUGGUCUGGAGAUAUAAACAUCUAUAUGGUAAUCCUUGGAAUCAUAAAUUAAUUCUUAAACGUUUAGGAUUACAUCGAUUACAUAUGAAAUCACCGGUUAUCAUACCAAAUACACCACAUUAUAAUAGUAUGCUUUGGGAGAUUAAACAUUUGAUUCGUUUGAAACCAUUAAAAUUUCCCGAUGGAUUACCAACUGAAGAUGAUUUAGGUUCAAUUAAAGUUGAUUUAGAAACAGGUGAAAUGCGUAUUAAUCGUGCAUUUCGUAUACCAAAAGAAUCAUUGGAUAAAAGUGAUCCACCACCAUUAUUUCGUGGAAAAUAUUUACGUGAAUAUUUAAAAUGGUCAUCCGGUUUGAUUGGUUUUUCCUUACCACAUCAUGAUAUUGAUGAUAAAGAUGGUAAUCGUAUUGAAGAUUAUGAUAGAAAAAUGAAAAAUUAUUAUCAACAUCAACAUGUAUAUUAUAAUAACAAUAAUAAUAAUGGCAAAAAGUAAUUUUUACAAAAAUAAAAAUUUAAUUAAAAAAUCA